UACAGUAGGGAUUCAAGGAGUCAGAAAUGGAAAGUCCUCGUGUUGGUGUGGUGAGAGAGUCCAUGCUGCACCGUCCUCUAUUAAUUAAGCCAGCUCUUGGAAAGACCAAGUCAAGAGGUUUGUCCUAUCCGGGACCUGACUUUGUUUUUGGGACAGCGACCACAGUUCGGGAUGGAGGAGUGCCAGAGGCUAUCUCCAGCUGGCACACUCACACUAUGUCUACCAGAAACAGGGAGGCUGAGAGGGAUUUUAUCGCCCUUAACCGAGAAGGGGUCAAGUCAGGUUUGGUUACUGCUAAAGAGCUGCACCAGUACCGUGCCACCCACGACAUUCGGCGCCAGCCGUUGACCAGAGAGGGGUUUCGCAGGUCGGCCCCAGCUCGCAUACCACCAGAUGCUUCAUUUGGAAUUACUAACAGACCAUCCACCCCAAUCUCAGAGCUCAUGGAGUAUAAGUAUGCUCAAAAAUGGCUGGAAGAGCAGCAGGUCAAGGACAAAAUCCUGCAGGCCCAUCGGCAUAAGAAGGCUCAGCUUGGACGUAUACAGGAUACACGAACAACCAUGCUCCGCAAGAGUCGCCCCUUACCCGAGCCCCCAUCCAUGUGGAAAAUGCCUCGAUUCCAGCAGGUGGGACCAGCUCUGGACACCUUUCGAGAUCCUGAAGCCCGGAAGAAAGCCAUGAGCGCCCACCACUCAGAGUCUGCAAGCAGGAGAGGGAUUCUGGGUCAAGGCACUUACACAGUGGAUUAACAGAGCUAAAAUUAUUACAUCUCAGCGCCUCUGUGAAUCAGGCAUCUUCUUCAAGUAUUAAUCUCUCAAUAAAAAAAAAAUUAUGUAAUUUGUUCUUCUGUUUUUUUUAUUAGCAUUAAUUUGUCUACACAACUACAUAUAUAUUUUAAUUGAAUAAAAACUAAGUGUUAUAAAUAAAAAUAGGCUAUAUAAUUUUAUAUUGGUCGUUGAGAUAUCUGAGAGUUCGAGUGAGGGUCUUAGGGUUUGUGCAAGUUUAAAAACCCUGGUUAAGAUGUUGGUUUGAAAAAGGAAACGGUGAUAAAGUGGUGAAUGUAAACUCUAGCACCUUGUGCAGGAUCCACAUGUCACUUAUUAUGUACAUGCGAUUUAUUUAGAAGAAAAGAGGGAGGGUUGACCAUCUUUCUCUCCCUCCCACAACACAUACGUGAUCAUCACCCCCUAAAAAACACCCUUUAACCAAUAACGACGUGGCGCUCGGGACAAACGCGGAAUGGACACCUUUAAAAGCUUGUUCCUCCUCCAGUAUUGGCUGUUUCCUUGAGGGUGUCAUUUUCAGGUCGUGGAGAUCACUGUCUCUGUUUAUACUCCGUUACAGAGGUUUAAUCCUUGCAGACCUUGACUAGAACUUAUCACAUCAACAUCGAGUUUAGGUCAGAGGAUUUGGGUCUUAGCAUGGUUGUAGUUGUGUUUCUAUAAAGCCAGAUAAGUUU